CCGCCUCGCUCUGCCGUGUGACCCGGAUGUGAAUCUCACAGGGAACACAUGUUGCUGCAAACACUGGUCGCGUCGCCUCAGAAAUGGACUUGAAUAUGAAGAAAACGAGCUCACAGGCUUUGCUGUCCUGCGGGAGCGGAGAAGGUCUCAGUGAGAAGCUCCUCCUCAAGCCGAAGGCUGGCAGGUCCCUGCAGACGGAGAGAGUCCCGCGGAGCAGCGUGUUUGAGAGACUGCAGAGCUUCCUGCCCCAGAUGGCCGCGGCCAACGAGAAGUUGAAGCAGCAGAUGGACGACGCUCCAGCCGGACACUUUGACAUAGAGGACGUGGGGGAGGCGGAGAGGGUCAUAGAGAUGGACGUGGCGCUGGUGGAGCUCAGCGACUCCGAAGACGGCGACGAAGAGGAGGAGGAGACUUCAGAGGAGGAGGAGUCUGACUCUGAUGAGGGGAGCGAGGUCAUGAAGAAGAGCCUCAUAUUGCCCGGUGAAAAAGGCAAGAAGAAGAAAGUCAACAUCCAGGUUCUCCAUCAGCAGGGAGAGUAGAGAAACCGUGCGCUCAGACUGUCUUCAUAUUUAGCUUCUUUAUCCUCUUGAGGUGACGUGGACCAAAUUGACCCGAAAGCAUCCGCAGGGCUUUUACUCCACAAUUGUUCCUGUGUGGGGGCGCAAGGCCAUAGGAACAUCUGUAGAUAUUAUGUUAAGGGCGCGGAGCCAGAAGAGACGCUGUGGUGACCUCAGCGGACCGCUCAUUGAGCCCGAUGUGAUUGGACACCAGGCUGUCCACCCCCCACUUGUUGCAUCUGUUCAGGUGACUGGCUUUGUGCUUCCAUGAGACACAGCUCUGAUCUGCUGGACGAACAUGGGAAACUACCGCGCUGUAUCCACGUGGACGGAUUCCUCUGACGUGUUGGAGAACAAUUCAAUACCAUGUUGUCUGGUUCACUUGGUGUGACGAGUCGGACCGUUUCAGUUAAAGUUACCUCUUUUCUUCAUUAUGUUACAUUGAAAUCAUUAUGUCCGUACUUUGCUACUGGUGCCUUUUUCAAAUUUAUUAAAACUAUUUUGUAUUUAUGUAAUUCGUUCAGUUAGGAAUCCAGAUGCUUGGCCAGGAAGUUGCGUAGGGAUGUACCCAAUACAACAAUUGGCUGUUUGAUAUUUCACAUCCAUUCAAUGUGCACAGUUGUAUUUAUGUGUUUACAUUGUGUGAGGUUCUCUAAUAAGUUCUCAAAAUGAAUACAUACCUGUUGAUAUCUGAUCUUUUUUGCACUUUGAAGUAACGCCCAGAAAUCCUUUUGAUUUUAUCUUAUUUAGUGACAUUCAGAAAGAGGCAGUGUUCUUCUCAGUAACUUUUAAUCAAUACCUCAUUCUCCUGUAAUUUGGUUAUAAAUAAAAUAUCUAAUGCA